ACACAGAGAGGAAGAGAGAAACAGACGGAGAAAGAAGAAGAGAGGAGCCCGUGUGUUCGUUUCACCUCCUAAUCAGUUUUCCUGGGGGAUCUAUCAUCGACUGCAGCAGGCGGCUAGAAGAAGGCAGAAUAAGAAGAUAGCACCGUUCAGCCUGGCGAGAAUCUUCUCCCAUCACAAAUCUGAGCCUCAUACAAACAUGGACGCCCCUCUUUCCACUCCCUGCAACAUCCAGAUCUGCGAGGUGACCUGCGACUCCUUCCGCAUCAUGUGGGACAUGACCUCCGAGGACACUGCCAGAGCCACACACUUCUUCAUUGACCUGAGCCGCAAAGAGAACAGGGACCCCAACCGCUUUAAACACAGGGAUGUGCCAACCAAGCUGGUGGCCAAAGCUGUGCCCCUUCCCAUGGCAGUGAGGGGACACUGGUUCCUCAGUCCGCGGACAGAGUACUGUGUUGCUGUUCAAACUGCCGUCCGACAGCCGGACGGUGACUACCUGGUGUCAGAGUGGAGCCAGGUGGUGGAGUUCUGCACCGGGGACUACGCCAUGGAACACCUACAGCAGCUUCUUGACAAGGCCAAAGGUUCUGCAGGGAGGCUGCUCAAGUUCUCUGUGUUUUAUCGCAACCAGCACCCAGACUACUUUGACUAUGUCAGGAGGGAAGGUGGAGGACUGAUGCGUCCGGCCCUGAAGGACAGCAGUGGGAGUCACGGCUCUCCUAUCAACGGCAAACUGCAAGGAGUCUUUUUCAGCUGCAACACGGAGUUCGACACCGGCCUCCCUCCCAAAGACUCCCCAUAUGGACCGCUGCGCUUCCAGAUCCCAGCUGGACACCUGCUGAACCCCAACAUCUCCCUGUAUUUUGCAGACUUCUACUGUAUGUACACAGCCUACCACUAUGUGGUGCUGGUGCUGGCCCCAGUGGGCACAGAGGGAGACACCUUUUGUCGCACCCGUCUCCCGAUGCUGGACCUGGCCUCCAACCCUUUCCUGACCUACACUGCCCCCCAGAGACAGGGGGAGGAGCCUCUGUACUGCCACGCCAGUGACGUCAUCCUGGAGGUGCUUUUCACGGAGCCGGUUCAUUUGGAUCAGGGCAGCGUGGAGCAGAUCAGCGGACACCACCAGCUCAUGAGUCUGACCACGGCCAACGCCAAGAAGGACCCGAGCUGCAAAGUGUGCAACAUCAGUGUGGGACGCUGAUGGAGGACAGACCAGGGAGCGUGUGAAACAAAACAGUUGAGUCCAUCAAGUGAAGGUCAGAACUCCGUGGAAACAGCCACCUCUCAGGGUGUGUCCGUGCUGCUUUACCACCUCCUCCCCUGCCCGGACUAGAGUGUUUUAAAUAGAGGACUUUUACUUUUUGCAGCUGGGAAAACAGUGAAUGCCCAUCCAUGACUGUUGAGUAAAACUAUACACUGAAAACAUGACAGGCUUUAGAAAACUGGAGAAAAUCUGUGUUCCCUAUUGAUAGAGAGUCAUAAGUGGUUCCUUCAGGUGUCUACAUGCUGUUUCCUCCAUGUUGUUUUGAAUUUAUAUUUUUCCCCUAUGUGUAAGUGGUGUUAUUUCUGUUUUGCUUGAGUUUGAUGUGAUUGAUUUUACAAAAAAAGGAAUACGAGACAAAAUAUUAUAGACUUCAGAACAAAGAUUUUUUUAAAAAUGUAGAUUUUUUCCCUCUCUCUACAAAGUCACUGCCAGAUGUUCCCUCUCCAAAACCCAGUCUUUAAUUGCCAAAUGUCUAAUCAGUAAUUAUACUUGGUAGCUUUAACUGUAGUUCGUGGCACCCUCUCCAGACACUUUUUGAACGCUGACUGCAGAGUUAUGAUUAUGAAAUUUAUCAAAACACUUGAUAACACACAAUGUGUAAAUGCUGCAGUUUUAUUCCAUAUUAAUAUGAUAUAUUCUGACACUGGAAGCCAUUUGAUGUGCUGAGGUUCUGAAUACAGAGAGGUAAUGGGGAAGAUGGUAUCUCAAAGGUCCCCACAGUAACUCUCUGGCAGCACACCUCAGCUGCAAACAUUCCUGAGCUAAGAUUAGCUUCGUUCCUCCUAUGGGGAUUCUAUUUGUUACAGCCCAGUUGUGUCUGACCUAUAUGUGAAUCCACAAAUGCCCAGAGUGAAAGGAAUCCCCCUCCCUUGUGCACAAGACCAAUCCAUUUGCUGGUGAGUAGCCACAAUGUAGGACAUGACAAGAGGCUGAACUAUGAAAGGAAACUGGAAAGGAAAAUUGAAUACAACAAAACUGACCCGUUGUAGCUGCUGAGAUGUCUAAACAUGAGAAAAAAUACCAUUUCAGAGUAAAAACAAUGUAGAUGUAAUGAAAAAAAAUACCCACUGCACUGGCGCAGCAUGCAUGAUAUAAAUAGAGAUCCCUCCUGACUAGAGUAAGUCAUGCCCUUUCACUUAGAUUCUUCCCAUGGCAGAGGUGUGAGCUCACGCACACAGUAAUGCUGUAAUUUUGUCCGCCGUUAUUAUCCCAAAAAGCCUCGCUCUCCCCUCCUGGCAAGUAAGACAAACAGAACUCUAUCUUCCUUUUGGCAUCUAGCACUUUAGGAAUGGCAAUGUCGAACUCAAAGAUGUCUGUCUGGGGUCCUCCGAAGCGUUUCUGCAGGUACGUGCAGGGAACAUCUCUGUAGCUCUGCCACGAGUCAAAGGUGAUGCGCACUCGCACAUCUUUCUGGAAGCUGAUGUUCUUGACUCGGACGGUGCCUUGCAGGGUCUGCUCGCUCACGCUGCAGCUCUCCAGGAUAACCAUGCUCUCUGCCAGCUUGGCGCGAAAGGCCUGGAAAUCUGCUGAGGGCUGUGGGAAGUCCAGUUUGAGACGUGUUCCUGGGCAGCAGGUGCUGACGGUGCAGCUGUAGCCAUCCUCUGUCAUGCUACCCAAACCCUGCAGCGACGGCAGCAAGUCGAGGCCAGACUGCUCUUCUUCAUCAGAGAAUUCUCGCACGGCCGUCAGAGACAAGCCCCGUGAGUCCGCGAAAACCACACGCUUGUUCUUCGCGGGGAUGAAAACGUCGUCGUCGAAGUCAUCAUCUAAGUCGCUGAAGAGGGAUGAGAAAGGGUGGGUGAGAUAAGCUUGGCUUAACAUGCCAGAUGAUAGCUGGUCUGAAGGCGGAGGCCGGAUGCAAGGUCGCUGGGGUUUCAGGAUGGGAACCCACACGUGAGGACACAGUUCUUUACGCUGGUUCAAGCACAGCCUCACAGCGAUCUCCACAAGUCCGGCUGACUGGGCCAUUGAUCCGACACCAACCACUGGAACCAUACUGGAAAAGACGGAGAUGGUGAUUUUAAUUAAGACUGCUGCCAUGUAAGAGUGAUCAUAGCUGUCUAUAUUGUAAUUGUGCUGUUAUUUGUUUGUGAAGAAGCAUCACAGAAUCAAGGUGAACAAGAGAGUGACUUCAGAUUAUUAUCUAAUAAUUCUAAUCCACGCUCACUUUUUGAUCAUGAAUGAUGAAGUGAUGCAAGACAUUUCAAUCACUGUACGCACCUUGUGCUGGACAUCUUCACACUGGCAGCCUGGUGUUGACCGAUGGGAUUAUUCUCCUCAGUGCUCAGUUGGAGUUCUAGAAAACAGAAAAAUAUGUCAGGUUUACAACAGGCAUUUAAAUAAUAAAAAAAGAGCAAAUUUGUUGUUAUACUUUGA